CUUCCCAUCAAAACGCUAGAGACCGUUGGUACAGGGGCCUAUGCGGCUGUCGAAAAGGUUGACAUAUGCGGUCGCCUGUACGCACGCAAGUCGAUACUGCUCCCAAGAUACAAUCGAAAGCGCGCGCGAGAGACACUCCAAAAUGAAGUCGCCAUCAUCCGCAAGCUCGAACACCCACAUAUUGUUCGAGUCCUCUGCACAUACGAAGAGAGUUCUCGCUUCGCUAUUGUUCUUGAGCCUCUCGCGACAUGCGACCUCGAGGUCUACCUUCAUCGUACGUCCAAACCGGAAUGCGCCGAAAGAAAGUCGAUAACCGAAAAAUGGCUCGAGUGUCUGUCUGGAACCUUAUCCUUCAUCCAUGCUAAAGGGGUCCGGCAUAAGGAUAUCAAGACGCGGAACAUACUCGUCAAAGACGGUGAUGUGCUCUUCGCCGACUUUGGCUCCAGCCACAUGUUCCAUGAUGAAGACAACAGCAUUACCGAAGGGCCUGCAUACGGACACACGUUGAUGUACUGUUCUCCAGAAGUGGUAGAGUGGCAGAAGCGAGGCAGGGCAGCAGAUGUUUUCUCACUUGGCUGUGUCUUCACCGAGUUGCUUACC